AUGUGCUUCAGAAGCAAGGGCCACGAAGUCCUGUUUGCGGCCUUCACGGCGUGCUCCAUCUUGUGGUUUCUUGCGCCGAGCUACCUGGCUGAGCGGGCCGCGCGUCCGCUGCGGCCCUUGGCCUUACGAUUCGCCUCCCAGGGCAGGACAAGGCUGUCGGCCGUGACGUUGGCAACCGCUGAUUUUGUCAGGUUUGCUGCCACAGCGGCGCAGGCAUUCUUCGCGGCUUGCCUUGUGGUGCAGGCGCUGCCUGCACAGGCGAGAUUUCUCGUGCCCUUCAUCCCGCACAAUGCUGCCUUCAUCACGGGGAAUGGUGCCACGCGGCUUAUGGGUCCCUGGCUCGGACCUGCAGCAGGCAUGGGAGGCUACAUGAUGGAGCUGAUGGGGAUUCUGAUUUCCCGGAAGACUUUUCUGCUUCUGGCAGCCUUGUCUGCACCGCCAGCUUCCCGUUUCAUAUGGCGGGCUUUGGAGCCUCCCCCCACGCCAGAAGGCGCGAGACCGGGGGCAGGGGACGUCGUACGCGAGAUUGCCCGGAGCUCGGCGUCAUGUGCCGUACUGGCUGGUGGGGUAUGGGCUGCAUUCACCGCGUCGGGCCACAACCUUCCGGACAAGGCAUUUCUGCCGGUCGUGGCUUUCAUCGCGAUUCACCGGGUGCAGUGUGUGCAACUGGUGCUUCGAGUAGGAGCCGUUGUCUUUGAGGCAAAAUCUGGGGGCCAGGGCCUUUGCUCUGCUGCACAUGAGGGCCAUGAAGAAGAGCCCUGGAAACGCUUGACAGGAUUCCUGGGCGGAAGGCAGGGAUUCAGCGGCCUCUCCGCCCAAGUGGCCACGGAGGAUGGCGUGGUCCAGGUGCAAGUCCCUUUUCGUGGGGUUGCUGCCGGCAUCCAGGCUGCUGAGGCGGCCUUGGGCACAGGGAGCCGAGCCACGAUUUCGAGUACCGAGCUUUUCUCGGGGCCUAGGGGAGAGGAGGAUGUUUGGCAUCCUCCCCGAGGAAAAAAGAAGCUGCUGGCUAUCCCACUAUUGCUGACGAUCGGCGCGCUUGUGUGGAAAGUGCAGGGUGCCGGCACUUUCCUGUACGCCUUUGCAGUGAGCAUGCAACCUUGCAGGCCCAGUGCCUUCACUGAGCUCAAAGGGCUUCGCGUCGGGGCUUUGCUUGAGCCACUUGGAUGGGAACCUCUCCUCGACCAAGCAUUCACAUCGUGCAUCCUUGGCGCCUUGACGACCAUGUCUGUGGCUCAGCAAGUGACGGACGCCGCUUCGGGGAAGGAGGCCAAUGCUCGGGCCGGGGCGUGGCCCACUUUGGUCGAGUGGGUCGUGGCGCAUGCCCAGAAAGCUUAUGAAGAUAAAGUUCACAAACGUCUGAACUUCAAGAGCGGCUACCAUUUUUACCUCAGCCUGCAGAAAUCUUGCAAACCGGCCUUCGCGGACAUGACUACGGUAGAGAAGAAGGACCAAGUGGCGACGUGGAACGGAGAUCCAACCACAUGGUUGGAAUAUGUGAAGAGGGUGCGUCUCCAGUAUGAAAGGACGGAGGUAAAGAAGCGCCACCUUCUGGGCGCAGAACUAGCCUCCAGGCUCACAGGACGCGCUUGGGACAUUGUGAGCUCAGAGGUCGACCACGGACAGUUGCAGCGCAAGGAUGGUCCAGCCUAUCUCCUGCACUUCCUGGAGGAUAGGCUGUGCAAGGCGCCCGUACCAGAUACCGGGCAGAGACUAGAGGACUUCUUUCUGCGCCUGCGUCGUACACCCGGUUCGAGCAUGGCGGAGUGGGCAACGCAGGUUCGGGAAAGUUACCGUCGACUUCAGCGAGCAAUGGCGCGGCAACGCAAAGAUCUGGAGAGACGACAGUCACCAACAACCCGGACUACCGGUCGGCCUGCUUCAGAUGCACCUGGUUCUGAGCGACUUCGUUCCGACGUAACGUCACCAAGGGCAAACAGGACGCCACCUGGUUCACCACAUCCUCCGGACAAUCCUGGUCAUGAAGCUCACGAAGAGCCUGCUGAUCCCCGGCCUGGGGGUUAUGAGCCAGUUCCGCAGCGCGACCCAGACAAUGAAAGCUCCAGGAAUGGUGAGUGGACAGCUGAGGAGUGGUCCGAAUGGUAUCAUCGUCGGCGGCGCAGAGAUUGGGAUGAUGAGGAUGCCUGGUGGGAUGAAGAACCCAUCCAAUGGGACCAAUUUGACUUCAGCACCGAGGAGAUCCUACCAAAGGAGAUCCUAGGCUGGAUCUUGCUUCGUCGGAGCGGACUACCAGCAAGUGCACGCCUGUCAGUACUGAGUGCCACCAACAACCGGCUGGACCUGGACUCGAUGGAGCGCGCCAUGCGCGACCAGGAGGAAGAGUUGCUGGCGGCGGAGUCACAACGUAUCCGUGGAGACCAUCUUCAUCGAGCACGACGGUCCUACUGGGUUGAACAGGAUGCUCAGUGGGGUUGCCUACCAGACGGAGAGGUGGAGGAGCUUGAUGAAUCUUCCAUCUUGUGGGUGGGCGACCGCUUACCGCCUGACGUGUACGCAGCACAUGGUCCUGAAGAAGCGUGGAGCACUUUCUUGCCAGAUGGCCAUGAGAUGGCGUGGGAAUGGUGCGAAGACGACUUCUAUGCCCCAGAUGCAGCCGGCAUCUACUGGUCUUGGGCAGACACCAAGACUUGGCUGGAUGUUCAGGAGAGUGGCGAGGCCGAGAAGCCCUUGCAGGAGGCCUUUGUCGCUUUUCAAGAUCGACUUCGAAGCUUCAAGGAAAGCCGGGCACUCAAUGCGGCCAAGCAUGUGUCUCGUGGUUUUUACCCCCUCAAGACUCUGAAAGGUAAGUUUAAGGGUUCCCCUAAAGGAAAGGGCAAAGGAAAAUCCUUUGGCAAGUCCUUGCCGUCGAGUCCCACUUUGGCAAGUUCAACGGUCCUGGCUGCUUUCGGCAAAGGAGGCAGCGGACAAAGGCCCGGCAACCCCGAGUACAAGGGCUGCUUCGUGUGUGGCGCGCAAGAUCACGAUUGGCGACGGUGCCCAAAGAGAAGUUCCUCGUCGGUCUCUAUGGCAGCCUCAACUACACCUUCGAGCUACUACGCCCAUGAGGUGUACAUGGUGACGACGGUGGACAGUCCAACGUGUGACGCGACGACCACUGGCGACGAUGAGGGAGACUCCGUGGUGGCAGCUUUGGGACCAGAUGUACUGGCAGCCAUGUCGGUGGAGUUUCCUGGUCACGCCGUGAUCGACUCCGGGGCCACAGAGUCCAUUGCAUCCAUGGAAGCCUUGGAGGAGAUCAUGACACUUCGAGCCCGCCGACACGGACCUGAAGAGUUCGUAGUGCGCGACCGCCAGAAGAAGUUUCGCUUCGGGAACGGCACGUACCAGUCCGCCGUGUCCUUCGUGGAGGUCCCCCAGAUUGUCAAUGGACAGCGCGUGCCCCUGGGAGUUCACGCGUUAGAUGCGCCUGGCAUUCCUCUUCUGAUCUCCGUGAAGACUCUGAAGCGCAUGAAAGCCAUUGUGGAUUUUGAGAGGGAUCAGAUCCAGUUUCAGCACAUAGCUCCCGGAAUGUGGAUUCCGCUAAGUCGCGCCCCAAAUGGCCACCUGCUUUUGGACCUCACGCAAGAUUGGGUUCCGCAGGGUGAGGGCGCGAACAGUUUCACAGCAAUGAGCGCCGAACCAGCACUGAACGCACCGCAGUUUGAGCAAUACAUGAAGGGUCCCGCUCAGAGCGAGUAUGGCAAGGGGGAAGCUUCGUGUGCGCCGUGCAAGUCUGCGCCUGUCAGUGUUGAGCCCAUGUUGUCAGAGAACCAGGAGCACACUCACAGCCUCGGCCGCACUGACCACCAUGUACAUGUUCAUGAGGAGAUGUGUGACCGUGACAACUCAGGCUCAAGCAUGCGAGCGGCUUGGCCACUCGUGAUUGCGGCAGUGUCCACUGCCUUUUCGCCAACUUCCUCUCCAAGUUCCGUGCCCGACCAUGGCGGCGACUUCCCCCACCGGCGGCACUCAUGCAGCGGCGACCUCUCCUUCAACGGCAACGGUGGCGGCAAAGAGCGCGCCCAAGCAGAAGAGCAAGCAGAAGAAGGACCGGGUUCCAACGCCCGAACGCUUCGAUUUCUCGAGGCGGGUCCUCUGGCUCCCGACGUCAAGACGGUGAUGGCCCAGGUGAAGGACGAUGUGGAGACCAACCUUCAGAACCGCGAGAAGCUGAACGCGAAGACGGUCAGUGUCUUGGGAGCCGAGGAGUCGUUGCGGAGCCGCCUGGCUCAGUUGGAGAACGAGAAGGCCAAGGUCCUGACCAAGACAGUGCAUCGGCCAAAGGCAACCCCGGCGGCGUCAUCAGCAGUUGCGCCCUCGACCGAAAUGGACGAGCAGAUGAAGAAUGCGCCGGGCAAGAAAGCGCAAAAGAGGGAGAACGACAAGGAGGCCGAGCAAGCCGAGUCGCAAGACUGGGACCUGCUUCACACACCGGAUGUCAAGGCCACGGAAGAGAUCCUUACUCAGCCUUAUGCCAUCCUGACAACUGCGCACAAAGCCAAGCUCGAGGACUAUGGCGUGAAACACCUGGCUGACAUCAAUGACGCCUUCGAAGAAAUCAUGGUCACAGCACCCCAGGUGGAUCUGAUGGAAGUUUGUUGUCCGAUAGACAGCACCCUAGUGGAAGUUUUUCAUGAGCACGGCCGAUCAGCUUUGCGAGUUGGACUUCCGGCUUGUGACCUGUCCACCCAACGAGGCUGUGUCGAACUUGCGCAGAUGGUGAGUCGACAUCGUCCUCGACUUCUCUGGUUCUCCUUGCCUUGUGGCUCCUAUGAACCCUCCCAGAAGGCUUCAUAUGAGAGGACCGAUGAGAUGUUGAAGAAGAGCCAACAGCGACAACGAAAAUCCCGAAAGAUGAUGAAGCACGCCAUAGAGAUCGCCUAUCAACAGCUAGAGGGUGGGCGAGAGAUAGCUUGGGAAUGGCCGUCAAGCAAUGGUGGAUGGCAAGUUCGAGAGAUGCGAUCCUUCAUGGAUUAUCUUCGUCACCAUCAUCGCUUGCAUGUAGGCAGAGUUCAUGGGUGUUCGUAUGGCCUCAAAAAUAGCAGCAAUGAGUUCCUGAAGAAGCAGUGGAAAAUUGUAUGCUCCAAUGAAGCACUAGCAGCGGGUAUUUCUCGGCAGUGCCCUGGCGAUCAUAGUCACGGAGAAUGUCUUGAAGAAAAGGAAACCCGAGCUUCAGGAUUUUAUCCAACAUCGAUGUGCACUCGUGUUUUUCAAGUCACCAUGGCAAUGGCCCAGGGCACCCUCGAGAAUGCCUUUCCGCAGGUGUUCCCCGUCUUUCACGAGAAGGAGAUUUUGGAAGAGCCAGAGGAGAAGACGAAGUCCUUUGUGCCCCUGACGCAGGUGGAGAAAAAGAACGUCGAGAAAUCUUUGCAUAAACUGCAUCGGCGCACAGGACAUCCCUCGAAUCAGGCUUUGGCUUCAUGUCUCCGUCAUCGAGGCGCACACCCUGAGGUGGUGACCAUGGCUAAGCAACACCAAUGUCCAGAAUGCCAAGAACUUCGCCUUGCCACUUCAAAUCCCUCGGCGUCCUUACAGAGAUCCGAAACUCUAUGGGAAACCUUGGUGAUUGACAACGCGGAGUUCCCGGUGGAUGACCAGGUGAUCCACUGCAUGGUCAUGGUGGACGAAGCCUCUCGGCUGAUCUGUCCUCAUCUCCUCUUCCAACAUCCAAAGCAGGACAGUCGUAACUGUACGGGAUCUGAAGCGAUACAGGCCCUGCAGGACACUUGGAUUCGACAUUAUGGUGCGCCGGCAGCCAUUCGUCUAGAUCCAGAAGGUGCUUUUCGAGCAACGGAAUUGUCAAAUUGGGCAGCAGAGCGUGGCAUCGAAAUCCUUCCUUGCGAAACGGUCUAUCCAAACCAUCAAGAGCAGGGUGAAACAGCUGCUGCAGUCAGGGGAGCUUGUCAAGCUCACAACGAGUUUGAGAAGGUGAACGGCUACAGCCCCUACCAAUGGGCCUUUGGUCGGCAACCUACACUUUCAGGUCGCCUACAUGAGAAGGCCUACGAUGACCCUUUUUGGACAUCCUCAGCCGUUGUUGGGAGCGAGAUGGCAGUGAAUCUGAAGCUACGCCAUCGAGCUCAGACUGCGUUCCUGAAAGCGCAAUCGAUGGAACAAAUCAGCCGCGCCAUGAAUGCCAAGACGCGGCGGCUACAACAGUUUCUCCCCGGCGACUUGGUGUACUUCAAGAGAGUGAAACCCCCAGCGCAACCAGCAGCAGCAGUGCGCAUGCCCCACAAACUAUGGCAGUGGUAUGGGCCAGGACGAGUUCUGGCAACGGAGACCAGAACAGAUGCCAUGGGACAUGAGCGAAAGCCAUCUCACGUGAUCUGGAUAGUCACCCAUGGGAGGUUGAAGCGCUGCGCGCCAGAACAACUGCGCCACGCGUCCGAGAGAGAAAAAGCCAUCGCAGAGGGAGCUGAUGCUCCAACUGCCGCGUGGACCUUCCACGGUUUGACAACUACUCUGUUCAAAGGUGAGUACGAGAUCCUGGACGACCGCGUGUUCCCAGAGGACGAGUUGGCGCAAGGACCCCCUCGCGCUCUUCGCGGCAGUCGGGGACGAUCGGUGGGAAGGUCUCCAUCACCAGCGCCUUCUCGUUUGCGUUCCAGAACACCGAAGCCACCCGACAAAGAACCCGACAAGGAGGUUGAGGAUCCGACGCUGAUGGAUCUGAUCAGCCCGGAAAACCGACCAGGGAGGUGGUCAACGAAGGCGACAACUACCAGGACGACAGCUACGCCGACUACAAGAACAGAAGCAUCAGCGACUUCCUCGAGGGCAGGAGUGGACUUGCAGCGAUUUCUACAAGAUCCUGGAUAUGAACCACCUGCCACGGAGCCUCCAACAGCGCGCCCCGUGAACGAACUUCUGUCACAACCACUUUUCAAGAAGCAGCGGCGUGAGCAUGUUGGGGAGGAUGACCUCUUCGUUCAAGACAGCAAGGACCGCUACAUGUGCUGCUUGACCUUGGAGCUUCCAAAGAAGAAUAAUGAAUGGAAGAAGAUGGCCCGGACACCUGAGAACUUCUAUGCCAAGAAGAUCAAGGGCGCAGAGGUCAAAUGGCAUCUCCUGUCAGAAGAAGAAAAGUCUGGUUUCUCCAAGGCAAAGCUCACUGAAGUUCAGCAAUGGCUGGCUGCCGCUGCUGUGAAACGCGCAGCAAAAGAUCAAGUGGACAAAAAUCGGCUUGUCCGCAUGCGGUGGGUUUUAACCUACAAAGAUAGCGGACAGCCAAAAGGACGUAUCGUCUUGAUCGGCUAUGAAGAUCCGGACCUGGCAAACAUCCAAUCGGCGGCCCCAACCAUGAGUCGUAGGACAAGGCAGUUGGCUUUGCAGUUUGCUUCCAUUCGAAAAUGGCGUUUGCUGAAAGCGGACGUGAAAGCCGCUUUUUUGCAGGGCGAAGCAAAGGAGGCAGACAGAUCCUUGUUUGCUAUCCCGGUGCCGGAACUGGCCCAGGCGCUGCAGUUGGAGAAGAAUGAGGUGGUCCAAGUUCUGAAAUCAUGCUACGGAUUGGUGCAUGCUCCUGCGUCGUGGUAUCAGUGCAUCAAGAAGACAUUGGCCAAUUUGGGUUUCUACCAGAGUCGGACGGAUCCCUGUCUGUGGCUUUUCUACACCACAGACAAGGAGGGCAACAAGAUCACGAGCGGCUUUGUGUGUGCCCACGUCGACGACUUCGUCAUCAGCGGCGACGAGGAGUGUGAUGCUUGGGUGGAAGCCUUGAACGGCUUCUAUGCUCGAUUCAAAUGGUCACCAUGGGAGUGCAACAGCUUCUUGCAUUGUGGAGUUCGUAUUCGAGAAGAACCCGAUUUCAGCUUCUCUCUGGACCACUCCAGCUUCUGCGAGGGCAUCGAGGCGAUCACUUACACCACGAAGAACGACGAAGACUCGAUCACACCGGAUGAGCUCACCCAGCUCAGAGGCAUUCUAGGUGCUCUUCAGUGGCGUAGUCAACAAACCGCGCCACACCUCAUGGCAAAGAUUGGACAGCUACAAAGCGCCGUGACUAGGGCAAACCUCGGCACCCUCAAGGCUGCAAACAAGCUGGCUAGAGAAUGUUUCCAAACACGUUUCUUGUCAACGCGCAUCAAUCAGCUACAGGUAGAUGAUCCCUUGGAUGUGAACUUCGUUGCAUGGAGCGAUGCAGCUCUUGCAAACAGAGUUGAUUUGAGCUCUACCGGCGGCUAUGUCAUCGCUGCCACCACGCCAGACAUGAUGAAGGGCAAGAGGUCCCCUUUGACGAUGUUGGUGUUCGUGCGCUUGGCAUGGGCAGAGCUCUGUGCAGUGCCCGUUGACCUCAAAGACGCUGCAUCCGCCAUUCGUCGCAUCCCCGGAGCGGUUGUGACCGACGCGAAGGCACUCUUCGACAUUUUGUUGAAGAAAGAUUUGAAUUCAGCAGGGCUAGGACUUAAAGACAAGUACUCGUCCUUAGAAAUUUUGUGUCUGCUAGAAUCCUUAGAGAAGAUGCAGACAACAGUACGUUGGGUGCAUUCUGAUGCUCAGCUGGCAGAUCAUUUGACGAAGCCACUUCCGAUUGGCACUCUGCAUAAGGUGAUGAACGAAGGAUUCUGGACAUUAGUGUAUGAUCCAGAUUUUACAUCUGCCAAGAAGCUGAAGCAAGCGGGCAGAAGUGAGAACUCCAACAAAGAUUUUAGGGGCGUGUUGGAAUCUGAGCCUGAGUUGCUUCCGAUCUCGAUGCUUUGA